UUACGAUUAUGCUUAUUGGAAUUAUAAAUUCUUUUUGUUCUGACCCAAAGCCUAUCAUCAACUAUCUUAAAAAAGAAUACAAAUUUAAGGAUGGAAGAAAAGAAUAUGACAAAUGGAUCGAAGAUCAUAAAAAUAAAGAGAUUAUUGAAUUUUUAAACAUGGCCAAAACAUAUAAAGUUGAAAUCAAGGAUACUGAACUCUUAAACAAAAAAAAACCGUAUAAAUCUGAAAACGAGACUACGGAUUUCUUAAAAAUGGUCAAAAAUAAGUACGACGAGAAUUAUGUGAUAAUAAUCAAAAGGAAUGCUGCAGAUUUAAAGACUGAUGAUGAUGUUAUAGAGAUAAAAACGAACUAUACCGAGAAUUAUGAGCUUACCGAAGAAUUAAAGGAAUAUAGAAAAAGCUCUCUUUUUUUAUUGUUGGCCGUGGAUAAUAAAUUGAAGGAUAAAUACGAAUACUGGAAAAAAAAUAAAAAAAGCAAAGAUUCUGGAAAUAGCCAAAUUUUUGAGUUUAUGGAAGAAAGUGAUAAGUGGUGGGAUAAUGAUAAAAACCAUGAAAUAUUGUCCAUUGCUGACCACACUGUGAAAUCUGAUCUUACUGUGAAUGCUGAUCUCACUGAGCUCACUGAUAAAUCAAAAAAAGAACUUCGUAAUAUAAUGUCCAAGUACACCACGUGUGAUGGUAAAGAGAUAAAGGUAUUGCUACCAAAACGACCAACGAAAAAUGCUUAUUUUAUGUAUCUAGCAGAGUUGACAGCAUCAAGAACAAAUUGUAUGAGCCGUAAAGUUGGAUGUGUAUUAGUUAAAAACGGUUAUAGAGUAAUUGCAACUGGAUAUAAUGGAACACCCACAAAUAUUAAACAUUGUAUUGAAGGUAAUUGUAAAAGUUGUAGUGGUAAAGAUAAAAAUCUUUGUAAAUGUAUACACGCGGAAGAAAAUGCCCCUUAUAAAGAUCUGGAGGAUGUCGAGGGAUUAUUUAAAGAAGCUGAUGAAGCUAAAAAAGAAGCUAAACGUAAAGCCGAAGUUAUUAAAGUUGAAGAUAAUACAUUAGAACGCCUCGAAAAAGAUUCACUACCUCCAAAAAAUUUU